GACCUCGCAGUGCUCAACAUAAGUCAGAACUCUUUGCAUUUUCUUCCCAAUACCGUAGGAUCCAUAACAGCCUUGAAAGAGCUUGUCGUCGAACAGAACUCUUUGAAAAGUCUUCCAGAAUCAUUGGGACAAUGUAGCUUGAUCGUCAAAUUGGUUGUUACAUCUAAUCGACUACAACAGAUUCCUGAUUGCGUAUCAACACUUGUCAAACUCAUUGUUCUCAUCCUGAAAGACAACAAAAUCAAGGAAAUCAGUUCCUCGAUUACAAACCUUGCACAGCUUAAACUUUUACACCUUGAUCAGAAUUACCUGGCCUGUAUUCCAGAUUAUCUUGGGGCGCUUACGACAAUGGAAGACCUCGAUGUCAGCAAGAACCCUUUCGUUCAAAGAUUCCCGGCGGCGCUU